UGACAUCUCUUCUUCCCUGUCUUUGUUCAGCUCAGCUCGCAUAAUCGUCGGAAUCCGAAAAUGUUGGCUCGUCUCGCGAACUGACGCCUGCUGGAGAUCCGUCAAGCAUUCCGUCAAUUUCCUCGGGUUUUUUUUUUUUUUACCUAUUUUCUUUGAAUUUGUUCUUGUAUUUUCUGUCUGAAAUCGCAGUAACUUCUAUUACAUUUAUUUGUUUUUCCGUGUCCUUCAGAAGUCUCGAUCAUUCUCCACUGCUCUGAACUACUUAAGUUCGAACUAAUCGCGUCAAUAAAUACAUUUGAUCAAUCCAAUGCUUCUAUAUAUUAAUCUCUAUAUAUUUGGAUAAUUUUAUUACUGUGGAAGAGUGUUUGUGCAGCACAUUGAUAUGCCAGAUAACAACCCGGACCUUCCGUGGGAGUUCAGCGAUGGGAACAAAGAGAAGGUGAAGGAAAUAUUAUCUCACUAUUCAUCAAAGUACAAGCAAUCUGCAGUCAUUCCUCUGCUAGAUCUUGCACAACAACAACAUCAAGGGUGGCUUCCUGUUUCAGCAAUGAAUGCUAAAAUCCAGGUUGCAGUCGUCAAAUUGGCAUAUCUAACAAGUGAUUCUUAUGCUGCUUCCCAUAAGGUUGGAAAGUACCACCUAUUGGUUUGUGGCACAAUGCCUUGUAUAAUACGUGGCUCAAGGGAAAUUGAAGAUGCACUACUAAAGCACUUAGGAGUGAAGUGCAGUGGGAUGUUGUAUAAAUGCCCCUAUGAUAACAGUAGUUGAUUACUCCGAUGGAUCUGAAGGAUAUACCUACAAUUACGAUCGUGGCACCCAGAACCCAAAGCACAUCAAUUCCGGUCCAGAAGGAGGGAAUACUACAUUGUUAGGCGAGCCAAAGGCUCCUCCAUGUCGGGAUCUGGAUGCAUGCUGAAGUUCAAUUUCAGCAGCGGUAUCUCUAAUAACGUGAAGCUCGAACUAACAAGCAUCCAUGGGCCGUAAGUUAUUGUUAAUCCUGAUCAGUCCUCAAUGUUUUUCUUCUUUUUUUCUGCAUUUUUUUUUUUUUGGCUGCCAGUGCGGGUGCUGGUGGAUUUGGUUUUUUCAUUUAAGCUCAUCUCCUCCAAAGUUGUCAGUUACUAAUGUAAAUUGCAUCACCAGAAGCUAGCAGUUGACAUCAUGAACUCUCUGAUUAAACUGAAUAUGGUAGUGUCAUAAACACUUCUGAGUUCUGAGCCUCAACAGUAAGAUGAACCAAGAUCGCUACUACACGUACACUGGUAAAUCUUGAGGUCAGAAAAACUGUAAAAAUUGUACAAGAGAAGAUUACACUUCAGAAUGACUUGCCGUCUCACCUGACCUGUGUCCAAUGAUUUCUCUCCUCCAAUUAUGAUUGAGAGCUGAAGAAGUCAAAUCUCCUUUUUGGAAAUCAAAUGCACUAACCAACCCAUUAUUGAGGCAAAGUGGUAACAAU